AGAAAGUCAAGUAUGAUAGACUAUGAUAGACUGAUGCGAGAGUGCGUAUUUACCACUUCUCCAUGUGCUAGCUAGCUGGUAUUAUUUCUAUAUGGCUGAUUUAUCAUCGGAGAAUGGAAGCCUCGGCAAGAGGCAGAGGAACAAAGGAAAGGGAUUCUACAAUAAAUCAUCUGGCAAAAAAUAUAUGAGGCGUACAACACGUCAUGAGCUGGCCAGUGGUAUGCAGGGAGUCCUCAUCACCACUGGAGAUCAGGAGAAGCUCUGUUUGCCUGAGGCGUACAAUCUCCUCAAUCAGUUUGGCGACAAACUGUACGGUCCGGAGUUCCCCUCCCCUGCCGCCGAUGAGCAGGCGCUAGAGGAAGAUGAUGUAGCCACUUCCCUCGCUAAAGAGGUAGCUGAUCUCAAGGGAAGGAAACAAGGAGAGAGAAGGUUCCAGUCUGUUAGCAGUGGUGCUAGGAAUGUGUUGUUCAUAUCGUGCUCUCCUGCCAUUGAACCGUGUCAUCUAGUACACAGUGUAUUGUCAGAUGUACUAGUCAAGGGUCAGAGGGUAUCAAGAUAUUGUCAGAGACUGAUCCCUGUGGUCAAUGUGUGUCAUGCUAACGACAGCGAUAUCACUAAGCAUGCUACAGUUGUACUGGAGCCACAUUUCCAUGCCGACCCUGACAAGGUCAUUAAGUUUGCUAUAACGUACAAGGCCAGGAACAACAAUGUGUUGAAGAGAGAUGAUGUCAUCAAGCUAGUAGCUGACCUAGUUACCAAUAACGAUGAAUAUAAACACACCGUUGAUCUUAGCAACCCAGAGCUGACCGUUGUCGUGGAGAUCAUAAAGAACCUGUGCUGUCUGAGUGUAGUGAAGGACUUCCACAAGCUAUGCAAGUACAACAUCCAUGCUCUUACUGAGUCAGUCACACCACCCCUGGAGACCACACCCACUGCACCCCUAGAGACCACACCCACUGUACAGCCCCCUGUGGACAAACCAAAUGGGGACGAGUCAGCAAGCAACUGACAUUGUACAUUCUCAUUGUAUCAUGUGAAAUGACCCCACGUAAAUUAGUAUUGAAUAGCAUUUGUGCAAUGAAUUUCAAUGAAAAUGAAUGACAAUAAUAAUAAUAA